AUGCCUUCGAGACUCACACACAUCGGUGCCCGAGACGGUCUGGAAUUGCGAUACACACCGUCGCCCCUCUCGCACACAACGCAUCCUUUCGUUCCCACUUGCUCGGGCAGUAAACUGUCUCCAGAAGGAACGCAGCACUUCACCAACUCAUCAUUCUCCUUUCACACUGAACUAACCCAUGAUAACCCCACUGACACCCGCGUCCUCGACGAGGAGCUCACUCUCCAUGGCAGUGAGGGCAACCUCGACCAUCUCGCAUCCCGAUACCCCUCGAUCCAGCCAGCACGCAACAGCUAUGCAAGUUGUCGACCAGCUGCGCUUGACAAAAUUCCUUUGCACAGCGAUGUCGAUACAGCGACCUUGUACGGAAACUUUGUCACCUCCGCUGACGGACACAGUGGACCGGCCGAGAUUCAUUCACGCUGGAAGAAUGCACCCUUCUCGGCUACGAUUCAGAUUGAGCAUCUGUUUAAGGACAACGGCAAGACGGAGUGGCGACGUCAGUCGUUUACUACCUUGCCCAUCACCAACAAGGAGGAACUGCAGUGUGCUCUCCGACCCUACGAACAGCUUCUCUCAAUGGACGAGGAGGAGAUCGGCUUCGGGGCCGAGAACCUGGCUCAGUUCACGUUCAACAAGAUCAUUCUCUGGCGCGACAUUUCUGCCAUUGAUUUGCCUGGUAGGCAGGUCCCGCGAAAACCGUUGACACCACAGGUCUGGGCAAUCGCCACAGGGAACAGCUGGCAAGGCUCUACGAUCAAGUUCUCAACCGCAAGGAGUGUUUGGUUUGCGGCACUCACCCAAGAUGAUCCUCAGCUUGACCUCCCAGUGGUGUCCGCUGUCAAGCGCGCUCGACCCCAAAUGGAGCGCGUUCUCGCCAUUCUGACCAAGGUCGACAAGGUUGAGAGCGUCGCACGCACUGCCUGGGGCAAGAUGGUUGCGGGCAGCUACGAAGCGAUGGAUUCUGUCAGGCCAGAGCACGGGUAUCACCCGUUGUACUUGAAGACCGCCGAUAUGUACGAGGACGGUAUGUCCAAGGAGGACUGGCUCGAGACGCAGGCGGACUUCUUCCAGAGGCCAGAGAUCCAGCGUUGGGCUCAAAAGUGCGGGCGAGCUCUCGGAUGGGCGCCUACCAGUGAGAAGAUCUACGCGCUGUUCGCCGAUCUUGUUGAGGCUCAAGUCCCCGUCAUCAAGAACCGCAUCGAGUUUGACCUGGAGCACACUCGUCAGGAUAUCUCGAAGCUGCCACCGCAGGUUGACAAUCCCUCGUCUCUGCUCCACGAUGGCGUCAUUGCACCUGUGACUCAGGACCUGGCGCAGUCGUUCGAGAAGCGCUGCAGUCGCAUCUUGCAACUGCUGACGCCUCUUCAAGAUUUGCAAGUUCAGCUGGCCCAGAGCAUCGAGGACGCGUACCCUCUCAAGGACGUCAAAGUCCGUGACAAGGUUUCUACAGCUUGGGCAGCCCAAGCGCUGACUUCACAGGAGAAGCACCUCUUCACAAUCAUUCAUUCGAAGCUUCACGAUCCACGAGAUGACGAAGUCAUGUCUGGUCAAGUGGGGUGCCCUCGCCUUGACAGCCAACGUUCAGGCAUGGGCCGCUCUGAGCAACAUGGUGGACGAGGUCGUUGGGAGCGUCGCUGGAGCUCGCCCUCGCAUUCUCUCACGCGCAACGACUUGCGCCGCACUCAAGAGUCCGCCGUUAGCGACUACAUCGGCUCGAUCAUGUCGAAGGAACUGGAGCGGCAGGAUCUCAUCGACGACAACUCUCUCCUCUCUCAGGAGGCUGCGGAGGUCGUGAACCUCUGCGCAGCCGAGUUCGUGCAGUACUGUGUUUUGUUCGGGGGGACGAUCGAUCUGACCGAUGACGUUGAGCCGCCUGAGUCCAAGAAGUUCUUCGAUGACAUCUACCCCGCUGAAGGUACCGAACCCAUCGAGUGGCCGAAAGCCUACAAGGACAUGUGUAUUGAAACAGCGGCUCUCGUCCACCACCGCCUCACCAAGGCCGCGAGGAGGGUGCACGAGGAGCUCCUGCGGGAGAUCAACCACCGCAUGCUCCGCUUCAUCAAGGAAACGCCUGCAAGUUUGAGGACUGCAUUCGAGCUCGACGCGAUGUCUCCGGAGAAGAAGAGGAAGCUGUCAGAGCUGUGUGACGUCAGCAAGGAGGUGGCGGAGAAGCGUACUAAGCUCCUGGACCAGCAGAAGAACCUGCUUGAGCUUCAAGACCUUAUGAGGACCGGCCUUGACAACUGA